AUGACCCCGCUCUGGAACACGUCAUCCAAAUAUGAAAACAUCAUUUCCAAAAGUGUUCUGGUCCGAUCAGGACCUCCUGCUGUCUACCAGCUGAGACCAAAGAUAGAGAACAUUGGAUCUCUAAGAAGAAUGACUCUCGGUGAAAGAAAUGUGAACAAGAUAAACAAAACCAUCUUGCUUGUGGGUGAAACAGGAACAGGAAAAUCUACUCUGGUCAACGCUCUGGUCAACUACGCCAUGGGAGUGAAGUGGGAGGAUGAUGUCUGGUUUCAGAUCGUAGAGGACGAGGAGAGACAUCAGGGUGAAAGUCAGACAUUAGAUGUGAUGGUGUACCAGAUCUUUGGUUUUGAAGGUGAAACUCUGCCCUACUCUCUGACCAUCAUCGAUACUCCUGGAUACGGAGACACCAGAGGAAUCAAACAGGAUGACAUCAUCAGUCAAAGAUUAUUAGACUGGUUCCGCUCAGAGGACGGAGUUCAUGAGAUGAAUGCAGUGGGUCUGGUGGUGAAAGCGAGUGUGAAUCGACUGGAUGAGCGACUGAGGUACAUCUUUGAUUCAGUGGUGUCUCUGUUUGGAAAAGACAUGGAGAAGAACAUUGUUGCUCUCAUCACACACUCAGAUGGUCUGAUACCUGAAAAUGCUCUGAAAGCUUUAGAAGAGGCAAGAAUUAAAUGUGCCAGAAAUAAAAAGAAUCAGCCUGUUUACUUUAUGUUUAAUAACCGCCAGGACACAGAGAGAACAACGGAAAACAAGUCAGUUUUAGAGACUGCAUGGGAAACAUCAAUGAGAGGAAUGAAGGAAUUUCCACCCUUUAUGGAAAGAUCUGCACCUCAGGAGCUAAAGACAACUGUUGAAGUGUUGAAUUCACGAAUCAGUCUGACAGCCUGCAUCCAAAACCUGAAAGAGAGAGUUGAGUUCACUGAACAAAAACAGAGAGAAAACCAACAGAUUCAGGAAGCUCUGAAGAAACAUGAAGAAGAGAAGAAGAGAAAUGAAGAUUCACUGUAGAAGUUGAUGAAGUCUACAAAGUUAAAGAAAGUA